AACGAAUCCAUUGUGCCCGCGAGUUUACCACGUUUGGUGAGUAGCAAGGUUGUGAGUUGUGACGUAAUGUGAAAGUGCGAGUUACCGCGAGGUGUUAGAGUCAGCAGUGGUCGGGUGGCUUAUGUGCAUCAUACUCGUGUCUUGAAGAAGGAUCACAAAAUGUCUUACGCCUUGCUUGUGGUAGUCUUGUCAGUAGUCGGUUGUUUAUCAGCCCCGGCAGACGAACCUAUCCGCGUCGACCUUCCAGUCUACGACCAGCCACAAGAAAGUUCCAAUAUUUACACCAAUCAACAAGGCGCCAUCAGCAGCGAUACUUCUUUAUCAGAACUCCUUUCGCACAGAAUAAACUCUGGUGUAAACACCGCUAAGGCAGGAUCUCUAAAUAUUCAAGGAGCAGAUGGUUGGUUUGCUCCGCCGAUCACGACUCUAGAAGGUGCCUUGUUAGAAACGGAAGGUUUGGGUAGCAAAACGCUGUCCGUAAAGGAAAAUCUGCAGCAUAUAGUGGCUGGAAUAUUACAACCUAAACCAUUAGUAGAUACAAUUGAGGAAGAAGAAAAAUAUGGUAAUACAGGAGACAAAUUCUACGGAACUGGCCGAGCGAUAGUCAAAGGUGCUGAAGGUGUCUCUAAUUUUGUUAACUCGAUUAUAGAGGUGCCCGGUACAAUUAUUCGAAAAAUUACCAAAGCAGCUUCGGAUAAACUUAACAACCUAGGUGGAAGGCUUAUUGGUUUAUAAUAAUAAAAUUGUACGAUUUUUAAAAGAUUUAUUUCAUUAACCAAAAACCGAUUUACAUUUUGUUUAUU